AAAGGAAUUGCAUGCGUUGAACAGAGAUAGAAAUGGUCGCGCGUCUCCUUAGCCAGUUGGAGUAAUUCAAAAUCAUCGGUUUGAAUCGGUUUAUUUUAAACAUUAGGCUUUUGUAUUAACAUCUGCGUGCAGACGAACAAACGUACAAAGAAAAACGCAAAAGUGCCGAAAUUGAAAUACAUUUUAUUUUCGUCAUCUUAUCGAAUUGAUUGAAUAAUUGAUACACAAUGAGCAAAGAGAUUUACUACUCAGACAAAUACUUCGACGAUGAAUACGAAUACCGACACGUCGUAUUACCGAAGGAAUUGGUGCGUUUGGUGCCGAAGACACAUCUAAUGUCGGAGACGGAAUGGCGAUCGAUCGGUGUACAACAAUCUCGCGGAUGGGUACACUACAUGAUUCACACACCAGAACCACACAUCCUCCUGUUUCGGCGUCCACUGAGCAAAACUGCUUAGAGCUGUUUCCUCAUCACACCAUUUACUACUUGAUAUAAUUUUUUUUUUGUUUUUAGUUCUUAAAAAAAAUCUUCUGUUUUGAUAAACGAAUAAUGUCAUAAGAGCUAUCGUCGAUUGCUGUGAAUUAUUCAUACAUUCUAAGUGCAUCUUUUAAUCAAUAAAAAAAAAAUACUAUGUUAAUAGAAACAACUGAAUAACACAAAAACAAACGAAAA